CAGGUUAAUUGGUGAGAGGAACCGGCUGUCAACUAUUUAGAUAACGUGGAUAGAGGGGACUUGGCAGCGGCGGCUCGUUCAAAAAAAAAAAAACAUACACGGAGGAUGGACUCAGCUCGUAGUGGAAACGUUUGUAGGCGUUUCAUAAAUGGUUCUUGCAGAUUUGGUUCAAGAUGCAACUAUCUUCAUGAAUGGCCAGUCAUACCAUCAUCCCAAAUAUGUCGGUAUUAUCAAAAAGGUGGAUGUUGGUAUGGUGAGCGCUGCAGGUUUUUCCAUGUCCUUCAGCCUGAAGCUGACACAGCUGUUGCAGGAAGAAGGGCUUCGGUGCCAACAGUCUCCUCCUCCAGCGUGGCUCACAUGCCACCUGACAGAAGAGGGUCAGAACCUGCUCUUUUGCAAGCUGAGGUGACAUCCCGGCAGGAAUGCAGCAGAUCGGAGUUGCUGGACGAUGUGUCGAAUCCGCAACGUAACACUGGGCAUCUGCCAGCAAAUAUUGUGGAGGAGCAGUCAGAAGAAACUGGGUCAGAAUUGGCUCGGAGUUCAGAAGUUGCUGAAGCAGGUGCCUGCGAUGGAAGAAAUGAGGAGAUCUCUCCACCUGAAACCCCAGAGGAUGGGGCUGCAGCCUCUGGUUCACAGGGAAAAGAGGAAACCGAGUCCUUCCUCAGGAGCAAAGACGUGACCUGUGGGAUCUGCAUGGAGAAAGUAUAUGAAAAGACGGAUCUGAAAAGCCAGGUUUUUGGCAUCUUGCCAAACUGCAAUCAUUCCUUCUGUUUACACUGCAUAAUGACCUGGAGGAAGACCAAAGACCUCAGUCUGGAUGUGAUAAAGCGCUGCCCACAGUGUCGUGUUAGGUCUGCCUUUUAUGUGCCACACAAAUACUGGGUUGAGGGGCAAGCAAAGGAAGAUCUGAUUGCUGAGUUCAAGGAGAAAUUCAGUAAGAAAUGCUGCGGCUACUACACUCGCUACAGAUGCUGCCCCUUCAAGACCGACUGCCUUUACCGACACGACAAAACGCCACAUGGAGCGUCCUUUCUGGUAACUACAUGGUGAUCACCGUGUGAAGAAGAUGACUACGAGGAUGACGAUGAUGGAGUGGAUUUGCUUCGUUUCUUCAUAGCCAUGACCCUCCAUGGGGAUGGUGAAGAUGACCUUGAAUUUACAUUUUUACCUUACUGAAAAAAUGUAGCUUGAGCGCUCCUUCUUUUCCUUUUUUUUAUUUUAUUUAUUUCUUUUCUGGUCAGUGUUUAAAACCACUGAACGGGGCCUUUAACCAUCAUCGGCCUCUGGAGAAUACAUGGCUGCGUUUUUGAACCCCUUCUGCAUCUAUGAAAUCAUUACUGAAACAACCUUAGAGCAGCUUUGAAUCAAGAUCAGGGAUAUCAGCCAUGUACUACUGAGUGCCAAGUGUUUGGUUUUUAAAUUAAUCAGACUUGCAGCACUCUUAAAACACAAGAACCAAUCUGUGGGGCCAAGUGCUGCAGUCUCAAACUAAGUAUGUGCACAUGGCUCUCCAGAACUCAUGGUUGGUUGACUCAAUAGAAGUCUAGGAGAUGUUUCCUUAUAGUUGGGUUUUUUUUUUGUUUUUUUUUUUGUUUUUUUUUUGUUUUUUAAAUGCUACAACGGCCAUUGUGUUAAAUAUUUAGCCAACUUCUCUUCCAACUUGUGAGCGCUCUAAUGUAGACCUUACCCUAGUAGCUUGUGCCAUUUAGAUAUUUUUAAAGUGUUGUGUAGAUGGUAGUUUUAAUUGCCCCAAGGGUUUAAAAAAGUGUACUGUACCGAUUUCCUGCUAAUGUCUGCUGAUACCUGCGUCAAAGUGAUAGUCAUGACACAACUUUACUAGUUUU